AUGAGUCGCUAUCCGUUCCAAAACUCAACGCAGGACCACCACCAACGGUCCCUUCACAAGAGCAGCAGCAACAACAGUAUUGGGACUCAUUUUCAGGAGGGACACCACCGUCCCGAGAACGCCGACUGGAAUCAAUCACGGGACCCCAAGAUCCAAUCAACCAGCUCUGUCAGCUCAUUUGCCAGUUGGUCGUCCUCUCAAGACCCUGCCUUCCACAGUAACACAAACUCGUAUAUCCAACAACAACAACAACAACAACAACAACAACAACAACAACAGCAGCAUCAAUUACAAUUCCAGAGCUCGCAACAACAGUACAACAACAACAACCAGUCACCUCUUGCACAGGCUCAACAGCACCGAGGACUAAGUGCCCCCCAAAGAGGCGCCUCGCUUUCAAAGAACUCGAGUAUCUCGUCCAAUGGUCGGUACCGAAGCAACAGCAAUAACAGCAACGUCAGUAGUAGCACGACCGCGAGCACAGCCAUGCAUUAUCAGCAGCACCAGCAGCAUUAUGGUAAUGGCCAGCAACCUCACCAACAGCACCAACACCAACAGCUCCACCAACUACAACAGCAGCAACAGCAUCAAUAUCGAAGCAACACCACUAGCAUGAGCAGCAACGGCGACCACGAUAACCACUUUAAUCAUACCGGUGGGCCCCCCAAUAACCAGCACAACCACAACAACCAGCAUCUCAGCUACUCGAGUCAAACAAGUACCAGCAGCAGCCAUAACCCACUUUCCUCGUACGACCCUCAACAACACCAACAACAUCUCUACCACCAAAAGCUGCAGCAACAACAGCUCCAUCAGCAGCAAAAGAUCCUCGAGAAGCAACAACAACAGCAGCAGUUGCAACAACGGGCUAGCAAUUCGUCGUCCUUGUCGUUUUCAGGCGACUUUUCUCGGAUGGAUUCGACUGCUACAGUCAAGUCGGACUUUUCUUCCGCCUCCUCCCGCUCCGACAGUUCAACACAACACCACCGACAGCAGCAACAACAGCAACAGCAACAGCAGCAGCAGCAGCAGGAAGCUCCUCGGCCUGCAUCACAAACCCAGCGUAGGCGAGAGCCCACCACGACCAGCUUCACCGUCCUAGGCGCUUCCAUUGCUGCUCCUACCGCUACUGGCAGUGAUAACAAAUUGGAUGCCAACGGGUUGCCCUCUCUGGAUGAUUACGAGGCAAUGCUUGAGCAGAUGGCAUCUCCCAAUUUGGGGCCUAGGGAGGGCCGAUCCACCACCGCCGCCGCCACCACCGCCACCGCCAGGCGUAAGGAGCGUGAGCCUCGGGAGCCCAGGGACCCUCGACCGACCAUGGACCGUGCUGCCCGUCAAGCUAGGAGACAAAUGGAGCAACAGCAGCAGCCUAAGCAGCUGUCAAAAGGUGCCGAUGAACCCUUGAGUCAUGAAAAGUCGUUCCAGGAUCGCAAACUCCGGAGACGUAGCAGUCUGCCCAGCAAGCUCAAGGUGACCCCCAACUUGUUUGCAAGAUUGAGUCGUCGAAGCAGUGGUGGCAACAAAAACAAGUCGUCCUCCUCCCCAACCGAGUCUUCAUCAACACUUCGCGCCCUUGUCAUGGAUAACGGUGGGGCUAUUCCUCCUCCACAGCAGCAGCAGAAGGGUGACAAUGGUAGUGGGCACGGAGACGACUUUUCGGCAGCGGCUAAUCCUUCACUGCAGGAGUUUGCUCAUUUGCCAGCACUCCAGAAGAAGCGCUACUCCUGGGAGAACGAGGACAUUGUCCCACGGAUGGAUCUCCUGUCGGCGACGAAGAACGCCCCUGCCGAACCUGCUCGUUUGCCCUCGUGGCAUGAUCUUGUGGACUCGGAUCUCAACCCUCAAGUCAAUGUGGAUCCCAUCUCUGCUGCUGAUACCUCAGUCCCGGUCCAGGCUGGUGCUCCUGCACCCUACAAGCCUGCCUUGACGACAAAGUCGCACCUCCGGUUGAGCCAUACUGAGGAACUGGAGGAGGAUGUCAUUACUCUUGUGCCUAUCGCCGAGGAGGAGCCUGAAGUUUUGGAGAUGCUCCCUGCCUCAGCUGCCAGGCGCAAGGACUCGAAUGACAUCCAGCAACAGCAACAACAACCACCACCCCCUCCUCCUCCUCGGUCGUCAACACCAGUCUCUCGUUCUCGACCAGGCACACCCUUGGGCAACAUUCGCCCUCCACCUGGACCUGCCCCUGCCACCACAACUGGUACUGCUCCCAUCCCUAUCCCGCUUGCUCGGAAGAUCUCGCCCGCCUCGAAAAAGCCUAAAUCAGGACACGCCAAGGCCAGUCCCAGCUCAUCGAGCUUCAUGCUACAGCCCUUUGCCUUGGGCAACUCUAGACCCCGGGCUAGUUCUUCCAGCAGUAACGGUAGCUUCACCUUGGAUGGGAUCAUCACCCCUCCACCUCCUUCUUCGCCUCUACCAUCUUUGCCGCCACCAUCGGCUCCGUCUUCGUCUUCGACUUUGCAGUAUGGUGGUGGUGGUUCGUUUGUAGACCCGAUGAUGGUCGGUCUUGGAAUUGCCCAUGCUCACCCUGCACCUGUCCCCCGCAGCCGCAAGGCUUCUGCGGGUACCAGGGAUUUGAUCCGCCCAUUACCUCAGCUGUUGCAUCAGAACGAGAGCCGCAUCACACCCAUGGUCCCAUCAUUGACUCCACCCGAGCUAGGCCAGACUGCCGCGGCUACUGCAGCAGCUGUUGCGGCUGCCUCUUCUGCCGCCGAACUGAAAGCCCAGCAGGAGGCGCAUGAACGGGAGCUUCAGUUAACGGUCAAGCAGAUCCAGGAUGAGAAGGAGGCACUUUUGCAGGCGAUGCGCGAGCGUCACGAUCGUUCGCAUACCGAGAUGGUUGACCAGUUGGAGAGCUAUCGGGUCCAGCUUCAAACAAAGGAAGAAGAGAUUGUGAGGAUUCGAGACUCUGAGCAAGGCGCGAUGGAGGCCUUCCGACGGGAUCUGUUGUUGAAAGAGGAUGAGAUUCAGAGGAUUCAGAUCCAGCAGGGGGGGCACGAGAGUUUCCGUCAACAGUUGGAGAAGGAUAAGGUUGACGAGAUUUCGAGGAUUCGUGCGGCUGAACAGGCAGAGAUUGAGAGGUUCCGGGGGUUGAUUCAGGCCAAGGAAGAGGAGAUCUUGAGGAUUCGGGGUGAACAAGAAGAGAUCCAGACGGCGCGGCAUGGUGCCCAUGAUAGUGAGAAGAUCAAGUUGGGUCAGGAUAUCUCCAAGUUGGCUGCUACCCAGGCGCAGUUGGAGAUGGAGUUGAGGAAGGCCCAGGAGGAAGUUCAGAGACUAUCGGGACUUGUUGUCGAGAAGGAGCGUCUUUCGGCGGAGGAGAGGCAGGCCCGUGAGGCGGUCGAGGGUAGGAUCCAGGCCCUUGAACAAGACAGCCGCCAGUCCAUUGAGGACCAGCGCCACUCCCACGAAAUCACCCUCGCAGAGUUGGAUGAUCAGAUCCAGGAUCUGGCCGUCCAGAAGAGUAGGUUGGAAGAGACCAACCUUCAGAUGGAGCAAGAGCUCGCGGCCUUUGAAGCACGCUCCCAGCAAGAAGAAGCACAGUACCGCAUCCUCCAGGAUUCCGUCCAACGAUUGAGCUCUAAGAUGUCGAGAAUGGAGACCAAGCACGCCGAAGAAAUCGAGCAGCACCAGCGGGACCACGAGGAACUCAUGGAUCGCAUCUCUUCUGAACACGCUGACGCCCUUGCCCACCUCACGAACCAACAUCAGGUCGAACUCGAGACCGAACUCGAACAACUCCGUGUCACCUCCGAGAUGGACCUCCACCGGUACCGCCACGAGUCCUCUACCCAACUCGAAGACGCGAAAUCCCAGCUCCUGGAGUCCUUCGCCAAAGACCGCCAAGAGAUGGAGGCCCGCGAACGCGUCCUCCGUGACCGGAUCGAUGCCCAGUCCGACAGGAACGAUCAGCUCGAAGAAGAACUGUUCCAACUCCAGCGCGCUCAGGAUACGAUCGUCAAGGAGAAGGAUAUUCUGGCCAGGACCAACCGGUCGCUGGAACGCCAUGUCUCGAUGCAGCACCUUCAGCAGCAAGAGAACGUCUUCAAGAUGGAAGAACUCGAACGCGAAAACGCUCGUCUGAGAGAGAUCCUCGCAGAUCUGGAUAUCGCCGCCGCCCUUGCUACCCGCCAACAGCAACAAGGCGCCGAGGAAGAAUCGACUGCGAGAAAGGAGGCGGCGAUGGCUGAGAUGUUUGCUCAGCAGCAGCGCAAGUGGGUCGAACAGGUCGAACAGAUGGCCCGCAAGGUCGCCAGAGCUGAGGAGGAAGCUCGUCGGGUCGCAGAGCAGAACGUCGAUCUCAAGGUCGCUCUUGACCUGGCCGCUCAAGCUCAUUCCGCUGCGACUAUCGCCGUUACUUCUGAACGCCCUAAACAUCAGCAACAGCAACAAGCGUCCGCCUAA